CUGAGGGGCUGGGUUCCUGAAUCCUCAGAGGUGGCCAGUGUGAGCAUGAGAGGGCUGCAGGCUGGGUACCAGGCACCAGGUCCUGGUGGGCAGAGAGGUGCAUCUGUCUGGGCCUGUCCCUGGCACUGAGCCAGGCCUGAGUCAUGCUGCUCGAUCCCUUCCUCUUCCAGGCGCUUCUCCACUCAUCUCCUCACUGUAGCCACUCAUCCGGCCCUCCCUGGAGCUGGCUGCUGCUUGUGGCCUUGGGCAGGCAUGGGUAGAGGGGCCAGGGGCCGCCUGCCUGCCCCCACCCUGCCAGGGCUUCCCUCCGCCUCCACUGAGUCCUGCUUGGGUUAAUUAUAACUCUGAUCUAAGUGCCCUGUGACGCCACGCCCCAGCCGCCCUGCCCGGAGACCCAGCAACCAGGUCCAUGUCUCAGCUAUGCUCCUCGGGGCCGUGUCCCUCUCCCACCUGGGCCCCUCAGUGCUGCUGCUGCUGCAGCUGCUGCUGCCUCCCGCAUCUGCCUUCUUCCCCAACAUCUGGAGCCUCCUGGCUGCUCCCGGCUCCAUCACUCACCAGGAUCUGACCGAGGAGGCGGCACUCAAUGUUACCCUGCAGCUCUUCCUGGAGCAGCCACCCCCAGGGCGGCACCCCCUUCGUCUUGAGGACUUCCUGGGCCGCACCCUCCUUGCCGACGACCUCUUUGUCGCCUACUUUGGACCCGGGUUUCCUUCCCGGCGGUUCCGAGCAGCCUUAGGGGAAGUGUCUCGUGCCAAUGCAGCGCAGGACUUCCUGCCAACUUCCAAGAAUAACCCUGACCUGCACUUUGAUGCUGAGCGGCUGGGUGAGGGGCGCACUCGCCUGGUGGGGGCUCUUCGGGAGACCCUGGUGGCCGCCAGAGCCCUUGACCACACCCUGGCCCGCCAGCGCCUCGGGGCUGCACUUCACGCCUUGCAGGAUUUCUAUAGUCACAGUAACUGGGUGGAACUGGGGAAGCAGCAGCCACACCCUCAUCUCCUCUGGCCAAGGCAGGAGCUCGGGAGCCUGGCACAAGUGGACGAUCCUACCUGCUCUGACUGUGAGGAGUUAAGCUGCCCCGAGAAUUUGCUGGGCAUCACAUUCCUCACCUCUGGCUACUUUGGAACUCAUCCCUCUAAACCUCCAGGGAAAUGUAGUCAUGGGGGCCAUUUUGACCGGAGCAGCUCCCAGCCACCACGGGGAGGCAUCAACAAGGAUAGCACAUCCCCAGGCUUCUCCCCCCACCACAUGCUGCACCUCCAGGCUGCAAAACUGGCACUUUUGGCCUCCAUCCAGGCCUUCAGCCUCCUGCGAAGCCGCCUGGGAGACAGCGGUUUCUCCAGGCUGCUGGAUAUCACUCCAGCCUCCAGCCUGAGCUUUGUCCUGGACACCACGGGCAGUAUGGGUGAGGAGAUCAAUGCUGCCAAAAUCCAGGCUCGCCACAUUGUGGAACAGCGGAGGGGAAGCCCCAUGGAGCCUGUCCACUACGUCCUGGUGCCUUUCCAUGACCCAGGGUUUGGCCCUGUCUUUACAACCAGUGACCCUGACAGCUUCUGGCAACAACUCAAUGAGAUCCAAGCCUUGGGUGGGGGAGACGAGCCCGAGAUGUGCCUGUCAGCCCUGGAGCUGGCCCUGCUGCACACACCUCCACUCUCAGACAUCUUUGUCUUCACUGACGCCUCCCCUAAGGAUGGCUUUCUCACCAACCGAGUGGAAUCCCUGACUCAGGAACGGCGCUGCAGAGUUACGUUCCUGGUGACUGAAGACCCAUCGAGAGUUCAGCACCGAGCUCGGCGUGAGGUCUUGUCCCCUCUGCGUUUUGAGCCAUAUGAAGCUGUGGCCCUGGCCUCAGGAGGAGAGGUGAUCUUCACCAAAGACCAGCACAUUAGGGAUGUGGCAGCCAUUGUUGGGGACAGCAUGGCUGACGUGGUGACCCUUCCUCUGGAACCUCCUGUUGUGGUGCCUGGGAGGCCACUUGUGUUCAGUGUGGAUGGGCUGCUCCAGAGGGUCACAGUCCGGAUCCAUGGGGAGGUCAGCAGUUUCUGCAUCAGGAACCCUGCAGGGGUCUGCCAGGACCAGGAGGAAGGCGAGGGGCCUCUAGGUCACACUCGCCGCUUUGGGCAGUUCUGGAUGGUGACCAUGAAUGACCCCCUACAGAAAGGGACCUGGGAGAUCCAGGUCACAGCCAAGGGCACCCCACGGGUGAGAGUGCAAGCCCAGACCUCCCUGGACUUCCUCUUCCACUUUGGGAUCCCUAUAGAGGAUGGACCCCACCCUGGCCUCUACCCCCUGACUCAGCCAGUUGCAGGUCUCCAGACCCAGCUGCUUGUAGAAGUGACGGGGCUAGGCUCCAGAGGCGACCCUGGAGAUCCUCUGCCGCAUUUCUCCCACGUCGUCCUUCGAGACGUCCCGAAGGGUGCCGAGCUGGGCAGGGUGCCUUUGGAGCCCAUGGGACCUCGGGAGCGAGGUCUUUUGGGUGCCUCGCUAUCGCCUACGCUUCUGUCCACCGCGGGACCCUUCUCUCUGGAGCUGAUUGGCCAGGACGGAGGGGGACGGGUCCUGCACCGGGCGGCCCCCCAGCCCUGCUCUGUGGUCCCUGUCCUUCUGGAGCUCAGUGGCCCCCCGGGGUUCCUGGCCCCGGGCACCCAGGCCCCGCUCAGCCUCCGUAUCACCAGUUUCUCGGGCCCUCAGGAUCUCGAUCUUAGGACAUUCGUCAACCCCAGCUUCGCUCUCACCUCCAACCUCUCCAGGGUUCGCCUGGAACACAACGAGUCCGCCUGGGGGCGCGUGUGGCUGGAGGUCCCAGACUCAGCCGCCCUGGACUCCGUGGUGACGGUGACUGUGACUGCGAUGGGUCGAGAAGCCAGCCUAGUGCCCCCGACCCACGCCUUCCUCCGUCUCCUGGUGCUGGCCCCGGCCCCGCAGGACCAGCUCGCUGCCCCUGCCCACUCGUCUGGCCCAGUCCUCAUCACGGCCAGCCCUGACUUUCUUCCCUCCACUUUGGUGACUCGGGGCAUGGCUGGGGGAGGGCUGGCAGGCCACCCCCGGUGGGGCACAGUUGGAGGGGUAAUGCUCCUGCUAGGCCUGUCUUCCUGGUGCCAUAACAGCCCCUAGAGGGAUAGGCCUCCAGCGCUAUAUUCAAUCUUGCCCCAUUGGUGAGAAAGUAACAUGGGCCUCCAGACCCUACCUCUCCCAGCUGGGAUGGAGGCUUUCCUUCUCAUGCA